UUUCAUUAUCACCUGGUUGCUAGAUAUAGUACCUUGUGUGUUACUAUUCAUUUCCUUGAGAGUGUGAUAUGUGCCUGGCAGUGCUGAUUGUAGUAGUGUGUCAGAAACAAAAAAAAACAGAAUUCUUAUUUUUGAUUUGUAAUUGGUGAAACUCAUUUUGCAUAGAACUACUACAGCAACUACAAAAAAAAAAUAAAAAAAUACGUGACUGCACUUGAGGUCAGAUUAAUUGUGCUAUCAUGGUGAUCAAACGAGAAGUGGCCUAUGGCAUUGUUCAAGGUUUGAGUGACUUUUGGAAAUGUGAAGAACUGCAAGAUUUUACUGUCACGCUUGGUACAACAAAGUUUGAAUGUCAUAGGUUUCUUCUGGCAGCUUGCUCUGGGUUUUUUAGAGGACUGUUUAGAUCCGGUAUGAAAGAAACGGAAUUAAAGUGUGUGACUGUAGAAGACAUUUCAAGUGAAACUUUUGAGUUUAUCCUGGAGACUCUCUACACUGGUCAUGGUGUUUUGACAAAUGACAAUGUCAUUGACAUCUGGCGGGCAGCUCAUCAACUUCAAAUAACAUUUCUAAUUAGAGAAUGUGAAAACUUUGUCAUAAAAACUUUGUCUUUUGAAAACUAUGUUGACUAUUUUCUAAACAGCAGACUGUUGAACUCUGAAACAGUAAGUCAGACAGUUUGGUCAUUCAUCCUUAAAAACUCCAACGAUUUUUUCAGGACACAUUGUUUUAAUGAGCUACCACUUAGUGAUGUUUUAAAUGUGAUCAGAAGUCAAGAUCUUGUCGUUAAAUCAGAAGAUGACGUCAUCAACGCCAUUUUAAGGUGGGUGGAGUUUACGUCAAUCAAAGACCAUGGAGAGACCAAUCAAAAUGUUCAAAACAAGGUUGAAAAAAGAGACGAAACUAAUACAUUGAAGGCUGAUGUUGACAUUCCUGAUGACAAAUGUAGCGAUACAUGUAACAAUAUGGCUGUAAGCAGUCAACACGAGAAGGAAGGUGAACUUUUUACAAGCAAUGGCAACAGAAGAAAGUAUCUGUUUACCUUGUUAUCAAGUGCAAGACUCUGCCUCACAAGUCAGACAUGUUUGGACAAGUUGGUACGUCACCCACUUCUAUGUUAUAGCACAAAGGCUAAGGACUUGGUCAUUGAGGCUUUACUUUACCUGCUUCAAACUGAAAACAAACGAAGUGGGCAGUGGCCAUCUAGUGCAAUACAUAGAAACAACAGCCCUUUGGUCAAUGCUGCUAUCGUCCCAGGGCGCUUUGAAAUGACAGUUAAUAUUCGCGUUUUUUGUUUUUCAACACAAACAUGGUUCCGUCUUUGUCCAUUAGAGAACAAAGCGCUAGAUGUAGUAAAGUUUGCAGGGACUGAAGGCAUUUGCUACGCUUUUGGUACUAGAUCUACGGAAACUUCUGAGUCAUCUGACAAAUAUUCAACACCACAAUAUCUUAAAAUCAGUAAUUCAACUUUACCUCAAGCGAAAAGUUUAUUUGGACAGCAGCCUAAAUGUUUUACUUUCGGUGCCAGUGCUGAAACAAAAGAUGCUUCUUCUAUAGAAGACACUCAAGAAUUUCCUAUAACAGUUUUUAAAUAUCAAGAUGGCUCUUGGUCGAAUCUGGCUUUCUCUCUGACUUUACCAUCAGAAACUUUUUCUGUUGUUGGUGCUAAUUCCUUCCUGUAUGUUCUGUCAAAUAAACAAUUUUGGAGACUAGAUCCUGCUAUGAGAACACAUGUCCAGAUGGAAAAUUAUCCUGAUGACGACCCUAUCUGCCACUUAACAAAUUAUGAGCAAAUGAUUCUUGUGUUUUCAAGUGCACCUAAAAAAGGUAUAGACGAGACAGUCAUCCAUUGCUAUGAUACGACACAAAACAUCUGGACAAGGCUCAACAAUCUUGAAGGUCCAGCUGAUGGAAUGACCAGUUUUAAAGAUAACUAUUUUACAUACAUUUUACAGUCCAGUGGAGAUAUGUGGAAGAUGGUCAAGCCACAAUUAGAUGUUGUUGAUUUUGAGCAUGUGGGCAAACUUUGGAGUUGCGACUGGCCAGUUCAGGGAGCGGUCACUUUCAUGAAUGAUUUAUACAUCUAUGGGGUCAAGUCUGAAGCUCGUAAAGAUGACCCUCAACUACGAAAAUGUCUGCCAGGUGUGUUUAGACAAAUCAUUUGUAUGGAGAGCAAUUCGACUGAACUAUCCACGUUUCUACCAAUUGUAUUAAGGCGUUCAGAUCUUAAAAAUUUUGUUUAGUUCACAGACUUUAUAUAUAUUUAUGCCUAUAUAUGAUUUAUAUAUAUAUAUUUAUUUAUUUCUACAAUUUUUAGUUUUAACUUAAAUUUGUGAUUAAAUAUAUCAAAAGAUUAAAUAUCAAAUUUAAUGUACAAUAUUUUUAAUGUAAAUUGAGAAUUUAUAGGCUAGGGUUUUUCUUUGUUGGUGUAUUACCCCAAAUGAUAAAUAAUAAAGGUGUAAGAUUUAUAUAAAAUUUGUAGGUCUACAUUGGCUGCCUCACGAGUGGUACACGCUCUGUAGUCUCGAUGUUCACUGCAACCCCCUGCGGCAGAGUUGGGCUUGGAUGAAAUAAUCUCUCAAUCCAAAGGAACAUCCGAUAGAUGUAAAUGGAACAAACAUAUAAAACUUAAAAAUAUAGACAACGAAGUGCUCUCUUGUACUCAGAGACAUUUUGUCGCAGACUUUUUAUUAAGACAUCUUGUCGCGGAUUUUUUUGGUUGUUUUUGUCGUUACAUAAAAGACGUCAUCAUAAAGAUGUUCAACAGUCACCAGAAAUUUUUCGAAGAAUCGCGUUAAAGGACAAGUUUAGAAAUUCUUCAAAAGAGUUUUUAGUCGAUAUAGUUGCAGACGCCUCUCGAAAAAAACAGUCUUUAAAUCAGUGAUUCCCAAAGUGGUCUAUAUAGACCCCUAGGGGUCUACGAAGACUUCCAAGGGGUCUAUGAAAGUGAAAAAACAAUUUGGGGGUCUAUGAGAUGUCCAUGGGGGUCUACGAUAAUAGAUUUCAUUUAAGCAGGUCAUGACUUUAAUUUUCACAUCACAUUAAUGUAAUUCUUCACACUAAUAUAUAAUGUGUAAAUCACAUUAAUAUAAUUCUUCACACUUAGUUAAUCCUUUAAAUAUUUAUCCUUCUAUCCAAAUGAAAACUUGUAUUUAUUUUCUAGACUUAUUUCAAUCCCGUUCCUUUUGUCUACAUGUAAGGAAUGCUGAGCUAAACAAAAUGUCAACUGUAUAGCGCUCUGAUUAGUUAAAAUUGUUCAUUCCUUCCUUAUCAAACAUGCCAAUUGCCCUUUUUUAUGCCGAUAUGAAACUAAUUACACUGGAGGAUCAUCUGAGACAAUAUCGGUAUGAUAAAAAGAUUUGAAAAACUUUCAAACAUUCAAAGAUAAAGUUCAGAAUAGACCCACAAAAUAUGUCUUCGACAUCAUAUAGAGAAGAUGAUGGUAUGUGGGCGUCUUACAAUAUCUGUUUACUUAUUUCAAAAUAGGGUGGUAGUGGUUAAGCGCUUGGCAUCCUAACCUGGGGUCCUGUGUUCGAAUCUCGGUGAAUUUUGAAUGUCAUGAUUUUUAGGGCUCCCCACCCGUGACCUCCGUGUCGAAGGUGCCGGUCCAUCCAACUCUAAUGGGUACCUAACUUAAGUUAGGAAGAGUAAAGGCUGUUGGUCGUUGUGCUGGCCACUUGACACCCUGCUCGUUAACCAUUGGCCAAAGAAACAGAUAAUCUUAACAUCAUCACUCGGUCUGAAAGGGGAACUUUACUUUUUAUGACCAAAUACGUAAAACACUAAUGGUAAAACAUUUAUUUUACCAGCCGUUGUAGUUGUUUAAGUGCAAGGCAGGAGAGUUUUUGAAUUCUGCUAGGUAGUCAACCAAGGCUAAUGAGCCCUUCCUGCUUACUGGCUUCUCCCCUUCUCCUGGUAGUGACAACAUCUUCGCAGACUCAGUAUUUGAGCCACACAUGAAAGAUUAAGAAAUACACGAAAAACUGCUCUUUGAGAAAAUUUUAAUGAUACUUAAGGCAAAUUAAUUAAUUAAUUAAUAUUGAAUGUUUGAAGCACUACUUCAUAGAACAACAAAUUCCUAUUUGAAACAUAACAUCCGUACCAACGGAUGAUAAAUCUGCAAAAAGACAUUUCCAGUGUGUUUGGUGAUUCCAAUACAUAUUUAUUUUUAUUUUAAUUGGUUUCAAAAAAAAAUCUCUAUAACUUAGUAUGUAGCUUUAAAUUAAUUUUUCACUUUUCAACUCACUACAGAUAGAAAUUAGUUUAACAUAAAUGUUGAUGAAUUUAAAAAAAUGUGCAAAUUAAGCAAGGGGUCUACCGAAAACCAGAAAACAUGGCAAGGGGUCUACAACACAAAAAAGUUUGGGAACCACUGCUUUAAAUGAUGUGAUCCUUAUUUAAAAUAUCUGACUGCAUUAUGGCACUUCUAUAUUUGGAUCAAACAGUGUCUCUUACUUCAAAUAUUUCUGUUUUAUUUUCAGUUCAUUGUCAGGUUUUAAUUAUGUAUUAUAAGAUAUAUUAUUAGAUGUUUUAAAUGUCUUGGUAGCUUUAUUAAAAUUUCAUUUAAAAUAUAUGUCUGUGUGUAUUAAAGAAUAA